GCUUCUCGAAACAUACACAGAGAGAGAAAGAGGGAUACAAGAGGCGGCGCUCAGCGCAUAAAGUCGGGGAGGCAGAUCGCUGCUGCGCCAGUAGAUCCGCUCUUGUAUAAUCAAAUUUCCCUGUUUAUUACCUUUUAAUCUACCUCAUCUCUUUCUUUUUCGCCGGUGUAUUGUGUCGAAGCUGCGGGCAGAAGAUCCGGGUGUGGUUGAAAAAAAAUGAUUCAUUUUGUCCUUCUACUAAGUCGUCAAGGAAAGGUUAGACUUACAAAGUGGUACUCUCCAUAUUCACAGAAGGAAAGAUCCAAGGUAAUCCGUGAGCUUAGUGGAGUAAUUCUCACGAGAGGCCCGAAGCUCUGCAAUUUCGUUGAAUGGAGAGGAUUUAAAGUUGUAUACAGAAGAUAUGCUAGCCUCUACUUUUGCAUGUGCAUCGAUGCUGAUGAUAAUGAGCUAGAAAUCCUUGAAAUCAUUCAUCACUUUGUUGAGAUACUUGACCGAUACUUCGGCAGUGUUUGUGAGCUGGACUUGAUCUUCAAUUUUCACAAGGCUUAUUAUAUACUGGAUGAGAUUCUGAUUGCUGGUGAGCUCCAAGAGUCUAGCAAAAAAGCUGUUGCCCGGAUUGUAGCUGCUCAGGAUUCAUUAGUUGAAACUGCCAAGGAGCAGGCUAGUUCUUUGAGCAAUAUGAUCGCGCAGGCUACCAAGUAGAGGAAGUCAUCAUAUCCAUGUUUGGUACACGCUGUAAUUUAAAGUGUUUGUCCAAAAUAGUUUAUUAUGUUUUGUGUUAUUGUUCUUGUUAAUGAAGACACUUUGAUUUUGUUAAAUUUCUAAAAACUAUUACUGAGAA